AUGGCAUCCCUGAAUGUCUCCCUAAACGGACUCUCCAUAUCUAAGAGUCAUCAGUCUGUCAUCAAUUGCACGCUUCCAGGCUCCCCUACUUAUGGGCAAUGGGCACUAUUUUCCGUGUCAACACCUCUUGUUAAUGCAUUUCAACAAGGCUCAGAUAAUAAGGAGAGUAUAUUGAAACUUCAGAGCACAGGAGCGGGUGAAUUGGUUGAUCUCAUUGAUGAAUUCUCUGAAGGCAAAAUCCAAUUUGCAUUUGUUAAAGUAACUGAUCCAAAUUCUGGACUUCCGAAGAAUGUUCUCCUAGCUUGGUGUGGAGAAGGUGUACCCGAGAGAACGAAAGGAUAUUUCACAAGUCAUCUGUCCAUUGUCUCAAGAUCUCUACCUGGCUAUCAUGUUCAGAUAACUGCUCGAUCUGAGGGAGAUCUCUCACCCGAAGGUAUUGUCCAGAAGGUUGGAGAUGCAUCAGGUGCAAAGUAUGUGCCACAGAGAGCACCAUUAGUGAGUCCGGAAUCCCGGCCUCCCGCCGCAAAAUCUGCGUUCGUCCCCUCAAGGGCUGGCCCAAACGCACUGCGAGAUGGUGCGAGACCGAAUAUCUCAUCAAAAAGUGGCAAUGAUGAUGGAUGGGGUCCUGAUGCGCCCCCAGUCACGAGGACAGAACUUGAGAAAGUCCAAUCUGCCUACAAGCCAACUAAGGUCAAUAUUGAAGAGAUCAAAUCCCAGGUGCAAACUAAAGUGCACCCGCACCAUAAUGAUCAACGCUCAGCCAACGUCAGCGACGGUGUUGUUAAAGGUGGUUAUCAACCAGUUGGCAAAGUUGACAUAGCAGCAAUCAGGCGACAGGCAAAAGAAGCCGGUGAGCUAAAAGAUGACCGGCCCGAGCCCGUCAAAGGUGCAUACGAACCUGUUGGUAAAGUUGACAUUGUCGCAAUUCGUUCUAAAGCUCAGAAGCAACCCGAACUCCCCCCAACCGGAGACCUAGAUCGGGUGUCAUCCCCUACCUUGAAACAUACUCUCGGGGAGCAAUCGAACUUUGCCAACAAUUCCACUGUGCCUCCCAACCCUGAGCGUUUGACGAGUUUGCCAAAGCCGAAAGUGUUAAAAAAGAUCGACUCUAGCUCGACAUUCACAGGAACAAAAGCCCCGCUACCUAGCGAAUUGGGAUCUAAGCCAACUCCCGCUGCCGUGCAGAUCGGUAGUGCAAGCCGGACAUUCGCAGAUCAGGGAGGCAAGACGCCUGCUCAACAGUGGGCUGAAAGAAAAGCCAAAGCAAAGGAGCAGAACGACGUCCCUCACAUACCCACUAUGAGUGACAAGCAACGUACCCUCGAAACACAGCAAAGUGGCAGUGCGGAGUGGAAAAGUUCGUACACCGGCAAAACAUGGGCUCCCGUUCAGACUACUCAUACAGGCGGUUCUGCAAAAAGUGGCAGUGCCCAACAAGAUUCCGCAGAAAAAGAUGAAACGGAAAUCUCGCCCCCUAGUGAGAGCAUCAGUGCGAUCCAGGAACAUUUGGCGCAUGAAUCGAGCACGGAGAUAACCAAAUCCGAGGAUCAGAUUGUCCUUCCCGAUUCCGGUCGCGAUGCGUCGUUCAACGGUGCAGAAACUGCACACACAGUAUCAGAAGACGGGUUGGAACUCCAACCUCCCCAGUCUGUCCCUUAUCCUCCCCAGCAGCCAAGGUCCCCGACACCGCCAACACCGGCUCCAGUACGUGAGGCUUCACCGAUUCGCAUUGCCAUGCCGGUUAGUCAGGAGGUUACAAGUGUUCGCGAAAAUCAGUUUUCCCCACCACCUGUCAUUCCGGCCCAGAGCCUUCAGCAUGCUCUGCCGAAAGAAGAGAAGCUCGAGGGCGCCGCCAUUGACAUUGGUAGGGAAACAGCCAAAGCUGCCGUAGUGGAACCUUCGCGAGACAGCACGGUCAGGGCUAUCGUACAGUACGAUUACGAGAAGGCAGAAGACAAUGAGAUUGAUCUAAAAGAGGGAGACUAUGUGUCUGAUAUCGAGAUGGUCGAUAAGGACUGGUGGCUCGGUUCCAAUGUGCACGGCCACAGAGGUUUGUUCCCAAGUAAUUACGUUGAAUUGGUUGAAUUGGGCGAUGGAAACCUGCCAAAUCAACCGACGCUGAACAUCGGAAGCGACGAACUACGGGAAGAUGCUUUCAAGUCUACAGCUGACGACAUCACCACGGGUACCUCGAACGAUAAAGCGCCAGUUGCCAUAGCGUUGUAUGAUUACGAAGCCGCAGAGGAUAAUGAAGUCAGCUUCCCCGAAGGCGCUGAAAUACUCAAUAUUGAAUUCCCUGAUGAUGACUGGUGGUUCGGUGAGUAUAACGGCAAGAAGGGCCUCUUUCCUGCGAAUUAUGUCCAGCUUGGAAAGUAG